AUGACUCGCGAACAGUGGCACAAUCAGUUGGACUACAUCAUCUCUCUACUUGGAUACAGUGUUGGAGCGGGCUCGUUAAUCAAGUUUCCUUUCUACUGCAUGCGCAAUGGCGGAGGGGCGUUUCUGAUUGUCUAUAUUAUCUUCACGCUCGUUGGAGCCAUUCCCAUCGUGUUCUUGGAGAUGACCAUUGGACAGUACAGUCAGAGCGGAGCAAUCAACGUCUGGAACAUGUGUCCUCUUUUGAAAGGUAUAGGCGUCGGGUGUGCAAUUGUCGGAUGGUUUUUCUGCAGUUACUACAACAUCGGUUUUGUAUGGUUUAUGUAUUACUUCUACAACUCGUUUUUCGACAAAUUACCCUGGGACAACUGUGAUAAUGCAUGGAACACUCCCACCUGCAUUUCAAACCGAAUUCAUUUCACGAAUGGAACAGGUGCGCAUUCGAACAUUACUGACCAGGUCAAUGCAUCAGGGAUGACAGCCGCCGAGGAAUUCUGGAAGUAA